GGCGGAUGUUUUAAAUGGAACUUAGAAAGUUCCGCGGUUUGGGCUCAAGUUUUAGAGGUCUGCAACUAUCAAAAGUCGAAAUAAUAUCAUCGAAGACAGUCUCGUUUUUAUGAAGAAACUAUUCUCUUACAGAUAUGACUGAGGGUUCCGUGAUCAGACGUCUUGAUGAGACUGUUGUUAAUAGGAUUGCAGCUGGUGAAGUAAUACAGAGACCUGCCAAUGCUAUCAAAGAAAUGAUAGAAAACUGUCUUGAUGCUAAGUCUUCAAAUAUUCAAGUAACAGUGAAAUCUGGUGGGUUAAAGUUGAUACAAAUACAAGAUAAUGGUACAGGUAUCAGAAAAGAAGAUAUGAAUAUUGUUUGUGAGCGAUUCACAACAAGUAAAUUGAGAAAGUUUGAAGAUUUACAAAACAUAGAAACUUAUGGUUUCAGAGGAGAGGCAUUAGCUAGCAUUAGUCAUGUGGCCCAUGUAACUAUAACAACAAGAACAGCUGACUCCAAGUGUGCUUUCAAGGGCAACUACAUUGAUGGUCAACUCAAAGGUGCUGUCAAACCAUGUGCUGGUAAUAAAGGAACUCAGAUAACAGUUGAAGAUUUGUUUUAUAAUGUCUCAACACGAAGAAAAGCUUUAAAGAGUCCUGGAGAGGAGCAUAAUAAAAUCUCAGAAGUUAUAAGUAGAUAUGCCAUACAUAAUGCUGGAGUUGCAUUUACAUUGAAAAAGCAAGGUGAGAGUGUAGCUGAUGUAAGGACACCAUCUAGUGCCAGUAAAAUAGACAACAUCAGGACAAUAUAUGGAGCAUCAGUAGCGAGAGAACUAUUGGAGGUAUCGUUUCAAAAUUCUAAAUUGUCUUUCAAAGUUUCUGGUUAUGUUUCUAAUGCUAACUAUUCAGUGAAGAAGUGUAUAUUCCUGCUCUUUAUUAACCAUCGUUUGGUAGAGUCAUCAGCUUUGAGGAAAACUAUAGAGGCAGUGUACACAUCUUACUUACCGAAGAAUUCACAUCCAUUUCUGUACCUAAGUUUAGAGAUUUCUCCUCAGAAUGUUGAUGUAAAUGUUCAUCCCACAAAGCAUGAAGUACAUUUCUUACAUGAAGACAUGAUAUUAGAGGAAAUACAGCAGUGUGUAGAGCAAAAGCUACUUGGUGCUAAUGCAUCCAGAACAUUCUUCACACAGGCUUUACUCCCAGGUGCUUCCAUACAAACCUCUGAAAUUUUACCGAGCAACACUGGUAAAAGUGGGGACAAGGUCUAUGCUCAUCAGAUGGUGAGAACAGAUAACAAAAUACAGAAACUAGAAACAUUUCUUAACAAAUCCCAGAUUUCAUCGCCCUCUAUCAUUCCUGAGGAAAGUGCUACUUUGAGUUCUUCCAGGAUUGCUACACCAAGACCUAGCAGUACCAGCAGCAUAGAUAAUUCACCAACGUCUGCCAGUACAAGCGACAGAGGGGCUGUCCGAGUUGCCCGUACUACCAGUGCUGAUGAGUUCAAGGAAGUAGCCAGUACCAGAAGCUCAGGGAGUGUCCAGGAAGUUGCUUGUGUCUCUUUAGGUGACACAACAGUUGAUUUUACUCAGCUUGAUAAUUUAGGGAAAGAAAACAAAUUGGAUUGUACUGUAAAUGAAAUAGAGGAAGAUAAUGAGUUGGUUACCAUGGAUACUUCUGUUUCAGGGAAACAAAGAGAAUAUGAUAGUGAUUGUCAGGAUAGUUCUAGUUCAUUUGUUAGACAGCCACAUAGAAGAGAGAUUACACUUACUAGUGUUUUAACACUACAAAAAGAGAUUGAACAGAAUAUGCACAAAGGUUUAAGGGAUAUGUUCAAGAACCAUACUUUUGUUGGCUGUGUAAAUCCAGAACUAGCUCUGAUGCAACAUCAUACUAAAUUAUAUUUAGUAAACACUGCUAAAAUAAGUCAAGAAUUUUUCUACCAGCAAUUCAUGUAUGAUUUUGGUAAUUUUGGAUUCCUGAGAUUGUCGACACCUGCUCCCCUUUAUGAAUUGGCCAUGAUAGCCCUUGAUUUGGAGGAAAGUGGAUGGUCUGAGAGUGAUGGUCCUAAAGAAGACCUUGGGCAGUAUAUUGUUGAUUUUUUCAAGUCCAAAAAAGAAAUGUUAUUGGAUUAUUUUUCAAUGGAAGUUGAUGAGGAUGGUCAACUUUGCACUUUACCACUAUUAUUGGAGAAUUAUAUUCCUCCACUAGCAGGUCUGCCAAUGUUUAUUCUAAGAAUAGCAACAGAAGUUGAUUGGGAUUCUGAAAAGGCUUGUUUUGAGUCAUUUGCCAAGGAGUGCAGUAAGUUUUACACAAUAAAAAAAGCAUUUGUUUUUCCAGAACAAGGAAUCAAAGAAACUGAUGAUGCAUGUGCUGACUCAUGUGGUGAUAAUUGGAAAUGGAGUGUGGAGCAUACACUAUAUCCAGCUUUCAAAGCUAUAUUAUAUCCACCUGCUAGCUUUGCACAGGAUACCAGUAUACUGCAGAUUGCCAAUCUUCCAGACUUGUAUAAAGUAUUUGAAAGAUGCUAG